AUGGCAGAGUAUCUGGCUUCUAUUUUCGGCACAGAAAAAGACAAAGUCAAUUGUUCUUUCUAUUUUAAGAUUGGUGCUUGCCGCCAUGGCGAACAAUGCUCCAGGUUGCACAACAAACCCUCUUUUGGACAGACCAUUUUACUUCAAAACCUUUACAUUGCUCCCCAGAACACAGCCCAGAGCGCUGAUGGAUCGCACAUAAAUCUUACCGAAGUCCAGGCACAACAAAUCUUUGAUGAAUUUUUCGAGGAGGUUUUCGUGGAAUGCGAGGAGAAGUAUGGCGAAAUCGAAGAGAUGAAUGUGUGUGACAAUCUUGGAGAUCAUCUUGUCGGCAACGUCUACAUCAAGUUCCGUCGUGAGGAAGAUGCUGAGAAGGCUGUCCAAGAAUUGAACACUCGUUGGUUUGGUGGUCGGCCAGUACAUGCUGAACUGUCUCCCGUGACAGAUUUUCGCGAAGCUUGCUGUCGGCAAUACGAGCUUGGAGAGUGCACGCGCGGCGGAUUUUGCAACUUCAUGCAUUUAAAACCGAUCUCAAGAGAGUUAUGCCGCAAGCUAUAUAAUCGGAGCAAGAAGCGCUACGGCCGAAAACGCCGAAGUCGAUCUCGGUCGCGGUCACGUGAUCGUCGGCGACAUUCUCGAUCACCAGGUCGUUCGUCCCGACGCUAA